AUGGAUUGUGGUCCUCCGGAAUCAUCCACCUGCUACCCAGGCUUCUUUCAGUGUAACUCUGAGUGUCUUCCACUACAUACUUUCUGCGAUGGUUCCUUUGACUGUGAGGAUCAAUCAGAUGAGUUAGCAUGCUCCUCAAACUGCAACUUUACCUUAAAAGACUUCUAUGGAGUCUUCUCUCCUCUUGGAAAUCCAUUUGCCCCAUCCUUUGCAACGCCUUUAUAUUGUCGUUGGUUGAUUGAUUCUGAAGAUAGCCGAGGUCUUGUCCUGCAGUUCUCUGCCCUCAAUCUGUCUGAGCUAGAUACCAUUGUAGUCUAUGAGAAUAGUGUUGGGGAAUUACCACUCCUUCUCCGUGCCUUAGACAGACACAGUAAUGGGAAAUCUGUCACCGUGGAGUCUUCUGGUGGAAGAGUCUUGGUUAUUUAUCAGUACAACCCAAGCCUUACUCGUAUCCCUAAUAUUGACUCUCCUAUAACAACUAACCGCAGAUCUAGGUUUCCCAGCACUUUAGUUCAUGAGCCAGGUUCACGUUUCUUCGACCAGAUGGGUUCAUCUCCUUCUCGUUCUCGCAUUCCUGGCUAUGGUGUUCGCAGCUCAUGGUCUUCCUCUUUUAUUCUUGGAUUUAAUGCCACUUACCGUGUGCAUGGCUACUGCCUCCCUUGGGACCAGCCAUGUGGCUCCAGUCCAGGUCUUUUGUGGGAGGAUGGAAUGGAAAUAGGAGGAGGAUGUUUUUCAGAUUCACAGCGUUGCGAUGGAGUUUGGGACUGUGCCAAUGGCAGAGAUGAAGCUUAUUGUAGUGGCUGUGCUGAAGGUCACUAUCCCUGUGCUAUGAGCCGGGCUUGUUAUCCCCUUUCUGAAAGGUGUAACUACCAGACAUCUUGCCAAGAUGGAACAGAUGAAAGAGGCUGCCAUGGAUGUCAGCCUGGAGGCUUCCAUUGUGACAUAGAGCGCUGUGUUUAUGAAGCUUGGGUAUGCGAUGGCCAAGCUGACUGUCGGGAUGGUAGCGAUGAAAAAAACUGUGGGUACACACUUCCAAGGAAAGUGAUUGCUGCAGCCGUGAUUGGGAGCUUGAUCUGUGCCACAUUACUAGUGGUAGCUCUUGGAUGUACAUGCCGACUCUAUACUUCGCGAGCACGGGAAUAUAGCAUCUUUGCUCCUCUCUCUCGGAUAGAUGCAGAGUUGAUCCAGCAGCAAGCUCCUCCAUCCUAUGGGCAACUGAUUGCUCAAGGAGCCAUCCCACCUGUAGAGGACUUCCCAACUGAGAGCCCAAAUGAUGGCUCAUUCAUGGGAAAUCUCCGAAGCCUAAUGCAGUUUUUACAGCAGACUCAGCCACACCCUGCUGGAGCCCCGAAUGACCUGCCAACCCGGAGACGCCCACCACGUCCUGUAAGACGGCUGCUCCGUCGACUCAGGCGUUGGGGGCUCCUUCCUCCUCGUACACAAGGGACACAGACUGAGACCCAUCAGAAUCAGAGUACAGGCUCAUCACAGCUAGUGACAGAGGGCAGCGAUCCUCCUUCAGCGCCACUGCUUCCUGUGAAGACUCCUUUAGAUCCCCCUGAUUUUUCUGUCUCCCAGACUGAGCCUGCUAUUUCUCCUUCACCAAUGUAUCCCACUGAGGAUAGGGGUGGACUGAUGAUGGGAAUGGUGCAGGUGGUCAGGGAAAGAAUUUUACACCCGCUAAGUGAAGUGGAACACUUGGGUGCAGAAAGAGCUGAGGGGCUUGGUGAUUGUGGUGUGGAGAUUGACAGGCCUGAAGAAGAGGAUGAAAUGCUGUUAUUGCCACUUGCAGAGGGCUUUGACAGCGACUCAGAUGUCAGCUUGAUUUUAUGUUAACACAGCUUCUGCUCUAUUCUCUCCUUAAACCUUUUGCACAAAGUGGAGGGCUUUUUAAUUCAGCCCAUGCUAAUAACAACACUCCUAACUUACAGUGCUCAGCGGAUAUUUCCCAACCUCUCAUCCUCACCUUCCCUUGAGAUACUUGAUUCAUGACAGCCACACAAAUGAAGGGAAAAUGCCAGAACAGACAAUGGUAGGGGAAAAAAAUUGAGUUGUGAUGAUGAAGUGAUGUCAAAGAGUGGUCUCAGGUGGUGGAUGUACAUCUAUAUCAAAGACUGAACAGCUGACCAAUAUAUUGUUUCACUGUCCAUGUCUCCCAGACCUCGGCAACGAAUGCAGGUUU